AUGGAAGAGUCUGGAGAGGUUUUUCGGUCCUUCUCCUGGACUUUGCCGCAUGGGCAUUGCUUAGCUGGCUACUUCAACAGCAACAAAGAGGCCGAAUGGUAUUCGGACCGACUGCUUCACAAUCUGAAGAUUGAUGGGACGAAGGAUCAUGUGUUCUUCCAGAGAAACAACGAGAAGUUCAAGGCUGAGCUGGAGGGCGCUGAAGUUCCAUUGUCGCAGCUGCAUUACCGAGGGGCAGGGAGUGAAGAUCCGCACAAAGCUGGGCACACAGUGGAGACAAGAGCUCUGCUGGAGAUGCUGAGGCAAGCCUGUGCAAAAAUAUCUGGAUUUUUUGAAGAUGGCAGCACACGAAGUUUGGCCGACCUGGAGAACUUGCAUAAGGGUGCAAGCAAGGGCUGGGACAAGCUUUCGCAGCACGCUUGGUGUGGUCGCAAACUUUCAACCACUCUUCAGCAAACGAACCUUUGGGAUAUCUACCUCUUCCUAAUAUGGAGCAAGCACAACCCGAGUUCGAAGAUCUGGGAGCAGUUCUCUGUACACCUUUAUCCCAAGGUUGUUUUCUUGGCUGGUUACUUGCUGGAGGCCUAUGUCGAUGAACUUGCCAACUUGCCACUGGCACCGCUUCCCCUUUUGAAAACCAAGCAUGGAAACAGUCGACGAGUUCCGAAAGUGAACAAAAUCAUACUUUUACAACGCGUGAAGGCGCAAAAGCGCCACAGAGGAGAAGUCAUGCAGACGCACACUGACUUGACGCCACCUCAGAUCGCACUGGUGCGAGCUGAGGCUAAUUUGGAAGUGGCUGAGUAUGUCAAGCUCUUGACGACCGCCUUUGCCGACACGCAGCAUGUCCAGGUGUCCUGGGAUGCGUCAACCUAUGAUGUGGAAACUUUAGUGGCGAUCGCAUACGAUUACAAGAAGAACGUGUCGGGCUACUUACCCAUACAAAACAUCAGCCCCGUCCAGACAGCAGAGUUGCACGAAACUGUGAGGACAUUGGCUGUGCAAGGCCGGAUCACACGUGUCGAGAGUUACAAUACAAUGCGAUCUUUCAGCCAUGCCCUGAACUCAAUUGGGCUUCCGCUUGCCGCCUUCGCAAAGCCUCCAGACCUACUUCUGGGGCCACUCCGGGCUGAGGAGGAACGGGUGCUGAUGAACGGGACCUACUUCAUCUAUAAUACCACGACACAGUCGAUUCAAAGACAGGUACCGACUGCAUGGAGUCUGGCGAAGCAGCCACUGUUGAUCUCGGUGAGCGAUCAGGGACCGCUGAACUGUCCUGGUCUCGAUCACUUGCAGUUCAAGCUUCGUGGGUUCGUGCUUCCCUUGUAUGAUCAGAGUCAUCGUACAUGGAACGACUUGAAGUCGGCCAUGAGGAGUGUGAAGCUCUUUCGCAUCCUCCUGCAGUUCUCCAUUCUCUACAACAUGAAUUAUGGACCUGGAGGCACCAAGGCUUGGAUGGCCAAGAAGCAACAGUAUGCAGAGGAGAGGGAGGCACUCUUCGGGACGAUCACUUCGCUGCAGACGCUGCAGCAGCAUGGACCACUCGUCAAACUCAUGAGAUGGUUUUCUUACUUCCAAUCGCACCAAUUUUAUGCUGGCGAACACUUCUGGACAAAGAUGCUGAUUGGGGAAGGUGGGCCGCCACAGCAAGGCAUCCAGCCUGAGGCAGUGCUGACACCGGAUAUCUUGGCCGGCAAUCUGGACGAUCGAGAGGAGCUACGACAACUCAAGCUCAAGAUGGGCUCAUGGCGACUUGCACCGUUGCUCGUAACACCAUGGACCUGGUGGAAAAACGAGCUUUUGGUUUCCAUGGCGACGCCAGUCUGGAGCUGCUUCACACAGAAAGCCCAGCAGCUCAAGUUGCCUCACGAGAUCGCCGGUGACAUCGCCAAAAGAGCUGGGACCAAGCUCUGGGCCGAGGAGAUCCACGCUGUGAUCGGGAAUGGCUUCUUUGAUGGGCCUCAGAAACUGUACCCGGCUCGCUUUCUUUCAAACGAGGAGGAAGGACAGUGCAUCUCUUUGCACUUUCGGAGACGUGUGCAGAGCUCCGCUUCGUACUACCUCCGACCGCCUUUUCGAUAUGCUGGGGCACUUCUUGCAGAAAGCAGGGAGACCACCCUUCGCCAGAUGCAUGCCGACUGGGCAGCCGUCUUGAAGGCCGAGAAAGCCAUGGCUGGUGGAGCAGGCAUGGAACCCCUGAAGGAGAUGCAUUGGCGGCUGAAUUCCGUCAACAGGCUGAUCCACUUGAUCCGGGACAUGGCCGAGGUCGCUUCAACAACAGCCGAACGCCGGGCCUACAACAACCAAGUGGUUGAGCUUCUGACCUUCGUCAGCACGCAUCUUGCCGACACAGUUAUCGUGGAAAAUACACAUCAGAUGGCCAAAGACGCGCUCAGGGACGCACGCCACUUUCAAAAAUCUCGGACAGGGAAGCAAGUUGCUUGCAUACGCUGCAGUGCAAUACCGAGCCGUGGUGUGCCCUGCUUGAAGGUGUCAGAUGAUCAGAAAGCCACUGCUUCUGCGGGCAAGUCCUCGAGCUUUGACAAGCUCACGCACCCCAACACCCAUGCUCUCAAAAAGGAGUUCCAGAGGCUCAUGGAAACUAAAACGAAGCAGCAUACGUGGCCGAGCACGACCCAGCAGAUGGAGUGGCAGCAAGUUGUGGCUACAGAGUGGUUCCUCUGCUACAUGCAAGAUGGGGACAAGUUUGCAGCUGGCCCCAACUCUGCUUGGCUGUCUGUCUUGGCUGGGGCAGCAGGCGAGGUGGUAGCAUGCCAGCGUGCAGGAGAGAUCAUGUUGAUCUUGGCUGUUGGAUCUUAUGGCUUCGCUGCUUGGGACCUGGAGCUGGCGGCAGGAGUCCGCACGGCUGCUGGGAUGUCGGCUUUCCGGCCCUACAGGCACAAUGCCAUCCGAUUCCACCACAUCACGGAGCUGGAGGACUGGGUUUCCGUUCCUGUCAAGCCUGGCCUGUCUGGCCCGCACGGCCCGCUGCACCUGGAACAGACCUCUGAGGCCAUGUCGCUGCCCUUGGCUAGAAUCCAUGCCGGACUCAAUCUGACAUGCAAGCAGUGCCAGGACCUGUUGGCAUUGUUCAAAGUCAACUUUCGCAAAAACCAGUCACGAGCCAGCUUGCACGGCCUAAUCCUCGAUCUUUUCUUGGAAACCGAGCACGAGAAAGAAGAGGCCAGGAGGAAGAUGGCUGCCUGCUUGCUUCCACAAGAAGAAGAACACGCUGAGGACAGUGACAUGGAGGAGUUGUUGGAACAGCUCGAGGAUCUCGAGAAUCAGGGCGAUCCAGAGAUCCAGAAAGAGAAGGAGAAGAUCAAACAAAGGAGAACUGGACGGAUCGCUGUCCCCAGAGCUGCUGGUCCCGACGAGGGAGAACAAGUUCCGAAACGGAAGGCUAAGGCCAAGGCUCCGCCAAAGCAACGGAAGAAAGGCUUGCUCGAGCCGAAGAUGAAGGCUCAUCUAGGGCACGGGUUUACAGGCUGA